GUGUGUGUGUGUGGAAUGGCCAUCCACGCGGAGGGUCUCGUGGCCAUCGUGGUCUUCUACGUGCUCAUUCUGUUCGUGGGCAUCUGGGCCGCGUGGAAGAACAAGGACUCUGGGGUCGGCGAGGGCACGGAUCGGAGCGAGAGCAUCAUGGUAGGCGGUAGGGACAUCGGGCUGUUCGUCGGUGGAUUCACAAUGACGGCCACUUGGGUGGGCGGGGGCUACAUUAACGGGACAGCUGAGUAUGUGUACCUGCCAGACUUUGGCCUGGCCUGGGCUCAGGCUCCUUUUGGCUACGCUCUCAGCCUGGUUGUAGGUGGCCUUUUCUUUGCCAAGCCCAUGCGCUCGCGUGGAUACGUCACCAUGCUUGAUCCCUUCCAGCAGCUGUAUGGGGAGAGAAUGGGUGGCCUGCUCUUCAUCCCUGCACUCAUGGGCGAAAUCUUCUGGUCUGCAGCCAUUUUAUCUGCCCUAGGGGCCACUCUGAGCGUGAUUGUGGAUAUCAACAUCAACAUGUCAGUGGUGAUCUCAGCCCUGAUUGCUAUCUUCUACACCCUGGUUGGAGGCCUUUACUCUGUGGCCUACACAGAUGUGGUCCAGCUGUUUUGUAUUUUUGUGGGCCUGUGGAUCAGCGUACCUUUUGCUCUGUCCAACCCUGCGGUGUCCGACAUCGGUGUCUCAGCCAAGGAAGCGAUAUACCAGUCACCUUGGUUGGGGAAAAUUGAGCCCGGUGACAAAUGGCUCUGGGCAGACAACUUCUGUUUGCUGAUGUUGGGGGGGAUUCCCUGGCAGGUCUAUUUUCAACGGGUUCUUUCUGCCUCUUCAGCUACCUACGCCCAGGUUCUCUCUUUCCUCGCUGCCUUUGGCUGUCUUGUCAUGGCCGUCCCCUCAGUCCUCAUAGGAGCUAUAGGGGCCUCCACUGACUGGAACCAGACCUCAUAUGGAGCUAUCCCUCCCAAAGACAAGGAUGAAUCAGACAUGAUCCUUCCCAUAGUGCUUCAACACCUCUGUCCACCCUACAUCUCCUUCUUUGGCCUGGGGGCGGUGUCUGCUGCUGUCAUGUCGUCAGCCGACUCAUCCAUUCUCUCAGCCAGCUCCAUGUUUGCCAGAAACAUCUAUAAACUCGCCUUUCGGCAAUCGGCUUCAGAUCGUGAGAUUGUGUGGGUCAUGCGCAUCACCAUCUUUGUAUUCGGAGCUCUGGCUACUGCUAUGGCGUUGCUAACAGGAACAGUGUACGGCUUGUGGUACCUGAGCUCUGACUUGGUCUACGUCAUCAUCUUUCCCCAGCUCCUCAGUGUACUCUUUGUCAAAGGCACUAAUACCUAUGGGUCGGUGGCUGGCUAUAUCUUUGGUCUUUUGCUGCGCAUUGGUGGAGGGGAGCCCUACCUCAAACUCCCUCCUUUCAUCUACUACCCUGGCUGGGUGACCCAGGAGAAGAUCCAUCAUCUCACUGGAGAUGUGGAGUACUUUGUCCAGCAAAGAUUCCCAUUCAAGUCUGUGUCCAUGGCAGCAUCGUUCCUAGCAAAUGUAGUCUUUUCCUACCUGAUAAAGUACUUGUUUGAGAGCGGUAUGCUAUCACACAAAUAUGACUUCCUGGAUGCUGUGGUGUCCAAGCACAGCAAGGAGAUCAUGGACAAAACCACACUGGUGGGAAACCAUGACAACAUCAUCCUUUCAGAGAUGGCACCAGUCAAUCAGGCCCUGGGUACUUCACUGGCGGGGACCUUCACCAACACCGAGGUCCUCAGCGAUGAUGGGGAGUCUAGUCCAGAGGCUUUUCACAAUGAAAACUAAGAAAUAAAGACACACAGAAAGCCAGAACUGAGGAAUUUAAAGAAGAAGGAAUAGUCAAAGAGGCAUCAACAUUCUUCAGGAAGGUAGCUACUGCCGCACUGGUAGCCAAAUCAGUCCUGCUUUGGCUUCCAAGCGACUCCACAAGUGUGUUUUAUGCUGAUGACAUGGUGCUUCCUCCUUUUUUGAGAUUCCUUGCCUAGAACCAGGAAAUUGACUGUCAUUACACUCAGAUCCUCAGCUGUGUGAAGCAUCCCAAUAAUAAUCAUGUCGAUGAGUCCCUCUUGCUCUUUACGAUGAAAAAUAUCCAACCACUACCAUUUCAGUUUAUUUUAAGUGCUGCUACAGUUGAAUGGAGGGAUUUGUAAAGACAAAGUAAUGACAAGAGGCCAGUGGACGUCUAUCUCACUAUCAGGAGGUCGACAAGGAGCUGCUGUAAGUCAGAUGAGAAAAGUGCAAUAUCUAACCAAGGAAAUAUGUCUACACAGCAGUGUAUAUGUGUGUUUGUAUGAGUGUUAAUGUGUGUGUGGAUGCUCCUGAAACCUGCUUUGAGUUGGUCUUCAUUGCUUAGGACUAAAUUUACCAAUAGAGCAAUAAUAUUUUUAAUAUCCGCAUUGGACAUAGAGACACUGAUUUGGCAGUUAAUAUGAAUCAUUGUUUUUAACUUGAGGACCAAUCGAUUUUUUAGGCCAUAUUUGUGUUGUUCACCGUGCUCUUAAUCUUAUUGAUCUUACUGUCAUACAUGCUAGACACAGGACAGUAAGAACUUUGUACCACCAAUGUUAAACUCCACCACAGUGUAGCCACAUAUUUAAAUCUAAAUUAGACUGAACAUGUGCCAAAACUUUCCUCUGCUGGUGGAUAGGCUUUGAAAAGAGUGCAAUAAUGUAUUUCAAGAGAGUGUUUUAAUAUUAGAAUUGAUCAUUGAUCAUUAAUCAUAACAAUGGUGGCUACAUAAAAUUGAGUAGUCACUCUCUUCUGUGGGAACUGAGAUCACUGUGCAGAAAAACAACUAUUAUAAGGUUAAAAUGGUCUCACGGAGGCUAUUUUUAACGUUUGUCUCUAUGAUGUUUUUUUUUCCUCAUCCUAAAUGUUUAUUGACUGGCAAGCCACAGCAGGUUAGCAGAGACAGGAAAUGAUUGCUCCUCUGGAGACGGUAUCGAUAGCUCUAGUCACCAUUGAUCCAAUACCCAUCUGAUUGGCCACAGGAUGUUUUAUUUGUGCUGUAAAAAGGUUAGGUGCAAAGCAGAGGUGUUUGUUUUACAGUGUGUUAUACUGUGAUGACAAGCAGCACCAACUAGUGCUUUUAUAUUGCAAAGGCAACAGUGCUGCUAUUGAUAGAGCAACCCAUUACACAUACAUUUACCAGUGGCAGUCUUUACAGUUGCAACAUGCAAAGUGUUCCCAGGUUUGGAUGUUUACUUGGCGGACUGCUGCACUGUACAGGGAAAAUGAAAUCAGUUGAUGCAGUGAUUUUUGCGUUGUUAAGUGUUUCUGUUGUCCAGUUGACUACUGUUUGCCCGCCUAAUGUCAGCGUUGUUGUGGUUUGUUGGUAUCUGUAUGUAGUCUCUUUCAAUCUAUUGAAUCGCCUUAAUUUAAGGGUCAUCUCAGCAGUGGGGUGUUGUUUCCAAAACGGCACUCGUAAUGAAUGGCAACUGUCAAAAUAAUUUUUCAAUUAAGUCGGCAGGAUAGCCUAGUGCUUAGUGGGGAUGUCACUGCAACUGGAGAGGGAAGGGGACUUGUUCCUCUGUGCAGCCAUAUUUGUUGAAGUAUCCUUGAGCAAGACACUUAACCUAGGUGUUCUGUUGCGCUGACCAAGGAGCCAGUCAGAGCAUGCAUAAUAUCCCUCAUGUGGGAUUAAUAAAGUAAUUUAAAAGGUAUAUUUUGUGAGAAACCUUAUAAAUUGUAUAGCAGAAGAACUGGAACAACUGGUAGACUCAAUGCCUCCUCUGAAAAAAGGUGUAGGCCUAAUUAAAGUUGUUUCUCAGAUGCGGGUUUGACGUCACACCACCAAGUUAACCUUAGGUCAAAUCCACACUAAUCAAGAGAAAUCUGAAAACACAACAGUUCCAUUUUGAUACUCUGUCUACACUAAAACACCUAUUCAUCCAUUAUAAAGAGAGCUUUUCGAACAUUCACCUCAUUCAUCCACAUUCACCUCAUAUGGUAAGGAACGUAGCUGUAGUAAAGAUUCCCAUAAUAUGACAGCUGGAAAAUAAAGUAAGUAAACAGGGAAAGGCAGUGACCUAACAUGACAAUUCUUCAAGUCUACAUCAACAUAUAACACUAGUUAACCAUUACUUUAACAAAAUAUGCUCAAUUUUAUGAAGGGCAGAGUUGGUUUGUUGGUU